AUGGUAGAAGUUAAAUAUUUUAUUCCAAACAAGUCUAGAAUGGUUGUUUCGCUCCUGGGGGAUAAUGAUGUUCGGAAAAUGCAUCAAAUACACGUCAACUUAAAUGCGCCGGUGAUCGAGUUGGUUGUUAGUCAUAUUCCAUGCUUGAUCGAAGCAGCCGAUGUCGUAAUUGAUAUGAGGGAUAGUGGCCCAGCCCAAAAUGUUGAGUGCAGUUGCCGAUCAAAAAUUUUUUCAAAAGGUAGCUCAAGUAAUUUCGGUCGAGUUGUUGAAGAAACAAGAGCGGCAAUCGAAGAGCAACCUAGUCAAAGAAAUUCUUUGGAUGCUUGGAAAACUUCUAUUGAGGGUGUUGGUCAGGAGUUCAAUGAUGUGGAAACUCUUCGCGACACGAUUCGCAACUUUUGCAUUGCAAAUUGUAGAGAUUUUGUAUUUGUGAAGAACGAUCGCCUGCGAGUGACCGUGGAAUGUGCAUACGAAGGAUGUGAAUGGCGUAUCCAUGCUUCCCGACUUGGAAAUCAAGAAAGCUUUGCAAUUAAAAAAAUGAAUAGUCAGCAUACAUGUGGCGGAGGGUUGCAAGUCCGGUCGCAUCCUAAGGCUUCGAAACGUUGGGUUUCAAACAUAGUUAAAGAAAAACUUCAAGAUAUGCCGUUAUAUAGGCCUACUGAUAUCGUAAAGGAUAUUCGUCGAGAAUAUGGUGUUGAAUUGCCGUAUCAUCAAGCUUGGCAUGGCAAGGAGGUGGCUAUGAAGGACCUUUAUGGUCACAGAUCAAAAUCUUAUGACCGGAUACGCUGGUAUUGCGAUGCCAUUCUUGAGACCAACCCUGGCAGCAUAGCGAAGUAUGAAACUAUUGAAGGUCGAUUCAGACGCCUAUUUAUUUCAUUUCAUGCUUCAGUAGUGGGUUUCAUAAGAGGUUGUAGACCUUUGAUUUUUAUGGAUGGAACAUUUAUAAAGCAUAAGGAUGGAGGAGUAGUUCUUGGUGCGACUUCCAAAGAUGCGAACGACGAUAUGUUUCCUAUUGCUUACGGUGUGGUCGAUACGGAGACGGAUGACAAUUGGGACUGGUUUUGUCGGAAUUUGAAAGAAGCAAUUUAUAGUUGCAUUGAGUGGCGAAGUGAGCAGAUCACAUUUAUGACGGAUAGACAUCAAGGAAUUAUUAAAUCAGUGCCGAAGUACUUUCCUGGUAGUUACCACUCAUAUUGUUUCCGUCAUGUGAAAGACAACUUCAAGAAUCAGGUGCUUGUCCAUUAUUGUGCAAGUGAGAGAAAAAGGCUGCUCGAUUUACUAAAUGCUGCUGCUUAUACUCCAAGGCUGAAUGUUUUCCACAAAAUAAUUAGCAAGCUUACAUUAGAUGCUCCAGGGAGUAGAACUUUUCUCCUUAAUGCAAAUCCGAAGCAUUGGGCAAAUGCAAAUUUUGCAGAAACAAUUGAUGUCAAUGAAAUGAAUUGCAUUGUUCUCUGGUUCCCCCGGCACACUCUUACUGGCACACCAUGGCACACUCUCUUGGCACACCAUGGCACACCUCUGGUUGUGCAACAUGUCAGUCAUAUGUACUAUGCAGCAUACAGUAAUCCGAAGCACACCGUUUAUUAG